UUUUGUUUGUUACAAGACGUUUACGGCGUCCCCUAUUGAGCUCGACAUCCAAUGCCAAGAAAAUGGCGGCGGUUUGAGUGCCAUCUCUUGAGUCGCCCAUGUUAACUGAAUCCAUUGAAUUGUUGUGAGUUAGCGGCACUUCUGACUUAAAGCUGCUGUGAUUUUUAUACGCAAAGGAAUUCGGCCAAUUGGUCAUUUUUACAGUGUAAUAAUAUCUUUUGUGAUAAUCUUCAACGCAUUUGAUCAAUCCGGUUACUAAAGAGGUUUACUUGACCCCAAAAUGCCUGGUGGAGGCGAUACCGUGACCAUAAUCUACCCACAAGGGUGUAAAGAAGUCACAGAAGAUCUUACUCCUGAUGAACUUAUAAGAAGACUUAAGACUUUAGCACAUACUUUCCAGUCCAUGGGGCAAGAAGAAGGUGCAUACCAGGAAUUUGUACCACUUGCUCUCCAUUUGGCUGAUGAUUUUUUUCUCCAGCAUCAUUCAAGAGAUGUCCAAUUGCUGAUUGCUUGUUGUAUUGCUGAUGUUUUACGAGUCUAUGCUCCAGAUGCUCCCUACACAGAUCCAGAGCAAGUCAAAGGAAUUUUCCUUUUUCUAAUUCGUCAAUUAGGGGGGCUGAAGGAUCCUAAAGAUCCUGCCUUCAAACGUUAUUUCUAUCUGCUUGAAAAUCUUGCAUAUGUCAAGUCCUUCAACAUGUGCUUUGACCUUGAGGAUUGCCAAGAAAUCUUCUGUGAGCUCUUUAAACUCAUCUUCAAAAUUGUCAAUGAUGAACAUUCUGGUAAAGUGAAGAGUUUCAUGCUUGAUAUUUUAUGCCCGCUCAUAACCGAGUCGGAUUCGGUGUCUAAUGAGCUGCUGGAUAUAAUAUUAUCGAAUAUUGUUGAACCGCUAAAAUCUCAACGGAAAAAUGCAUACAAACUUGCAAGGGAACUCCUAUUAAAGUGUAGCGAUACUCUGGAACCCUAUAUCCAAGCGUUUUUCAACCAAGUUCUAAUUCUUGGGAAAGAGGACAAGCAGCUCUUUAUUGCUACAAAGGUGUACGACUUGAUUUAUGAGUUGUAUCAUGUUUGUUCCAGAGUGCUUUUGUCAGUCUUGCCGCAGUUGGAAUUUAAAUUGAAGAGCCCUGAUGAGCAAGAGAGAAUGGGCUGCGUCUCUCUUCUUGCCAGAAUGUUUUCAGAAAAAGAUUCUCAACUUGCCACCCAACAUCGUCAGCUCUGGCGAGCAUUCCUUGGGAGAUUUAAUGACAUCAGCGUAGCCAUUCGUACGAAGUGUGUCCAAUAUUCUAUGCAUUUCUUGCUAAACCAUCCUGAAUUGAGGCAAGAUGUAACAGAAACUUUAAAGCUACGCCAGCAUGACGCAGAGGAAUCUGUUCGGUACGAGGUUGUGACGGCAAUAGUUGCCACGGCCAAGCGGGACUUCUCAAUAGUUUCAGACAGUGAGGACCUUGUGAAUUUUGUUAAAGAACGGACAUUGGACAAGAAGUUCAAAAUUCGAAAGGAGGCCUUAACAGGAUUAGCUAUGAUUUAUAAGACAUUUUUGGGUGAUCCUGAUGUUCCAGAAACCACAAAAAAAGCAGUGACCUGGAUUAAAGACAAGAUCUUGCAUGGAUAUUACAUGACUGGACUCGAAGAUCGGCUCCUUGUUGAACGCCUGCUCAAUACUUGUCUUGUCCCGUAUCAGUUACCAGCCGACGUCAGAAUGAAAAAAUUGUAUUACUUGUACGCUACUAUCGACGAAAACGCUACCAAAUCAUUCAUAGAACUUCAGAAAAGUCAAGCCACGGUUCGGAAAGCUGUGUCAGACUUGACAGAAGUUUACAACCAACUUGAACCAGGCGAAAACCGAGACAAGGAAAUUACCACCAGAGUUGCACAAUUGUCCAAGUACCUUCCAGAUCCAAUCAAAGCGGCUGAAUUCAUUCACAAGUUUGCUGUCAAUUUGGCGAGCGAUAGCAGUAUGCUUCAAUUACUGGAAACCGUGGUUAAUCCGGAAGUAAGCUGUAAGGAAUGUGCUGAAGCCGGAACACAGCUAUUGAAAAAGCUGGGUCAACCCGUUAUGACCAAUCUGUAUUACAACACCGUGAAGCUACUAAUGGAGCGGAUUUCUUCAGUUCUCAUUGACAAAGAUGCUGUUACUCAUUUGGUUCAAUAUGUGGAAGCCUGUUUGAGGCGCGACGAAGGUACGAUGGCUGAAGAAAUCGGUAUCGAACCGGAAACAGCCGGUGAAAAGGGGCUCCGCCUUCUGUUUGUCCUUGCUUUCGGAUUUCCAGCGCACUUUAUGUCGGAGGACGUUUUAACUCGACUUGUGAAUAUUCUAUCGCUUGAUAGUCAAGAUCAUAGUGUUAGUGCCAUGGUAUUGUGUAUCCUCACUUUCGUUGGAAAGUAUCGACCUUUAGAGGCUCAGUUCCGAGACAUUGUCAGUCAGUUAAUCCCAAUCUGCGAACGUUUGGCAACUGAAGGCACUACAAAACAAGCUAAACAUGCCAUGCGUUGCCUCCACGUGAACAUUACAAAUCACGAACAGGUGUUCUCGAAAAUUUUGGAGUCGUUAAAGGACAACUUGACUACGUCUUCCCCUCACUGUCGUACCUCAAUCGUGACCCUUGGUCACAUGGCGCUUUUACUUCCUGACCGCUUUACUAUUCAAAUUAAAAACAUAGUAUCCAGAAAAAUCGUUAAAGAGUUGUUGCUUAAGAAUCAUGGAGAAACACAGCCUAUUUCAUCCGAUAUAUCAAAUGACGAAUGGUGUGAGGAAGAUCAACUUCCAGAAGAGACACGCUGCAAAGUGGAAGCCAUGAAAAUGAUGGCUAGAUGGUUAAUUGGUUUGAAAAACGAUGUCAUGUCAGCACAGAAAACGUUUAGGAUGUUGACAGCUUUCAUCCAACACCGCGGAGACCUUUUCGACGGUGGAAGAAUCGGGAAAACCGAAAUGGCUUGGCUGAGAUUGUCUGCCGGAACCGCUAUGUUGAAAAUCUGUGAACAGAAAGGAGUUGGCGAUCAAUUCACGGUUGAUCAGUUCUACAGUCUUUCUCUUCUGAUCGCUGAUGACAUGCCGGAAGUGCGCGAACGCUUUACCGCAAAGCUACACCGAGGCCUCUAUCGAAUGCCUCUUCGUUCUUUGCCUCUUGACUUCAUGGGGGUUUACGCAUUGGCGGGAACUGAAGAAGACAAACGUAUUAAAGCAAUUAUUCGCCGUUCUAUGCUGGCAGAUAUCUCGAAACGUCGGGAUUACCAGAGAGAACUACAGAUGUCUGGGAGUAUGGAGCGAAUGGCCGAUAAGUUGCCAUACAUUUUGCCCGACUAUAUGUUGGUCUAUGCAGUGCCUAUCCUUGCUCAUGAUCCGGAAUUUACAAGCCACACUAACACUGAGCAAUUACUGCGUAUUCGCCAAUGUCUGUGGUUCGUUUUGGAGCCUCUAAUGAACAAGCAUGAAAAUUAUUGCUUUGGCUUUUAUAAAGCGCUAAUAGAGCGUAUGAAAAAUCAUCGCGAUGCUCUUAAACCUGAAGAUGAAGAAAGCAAUGCAAAACUGUGGGCUGUUUGCGAUUUGGCGAUGGGUUUAAUCAUGCAAAAAACAACCAGUUUUGAAAUGAAAGACUACCCUACUCAACCACGAAUCCCUUCGAUGUAUUUCAGGACUCAUGAUGAUCCCAAUUUUUUAAACACGAAGAUCUAUUUGCCACCCGAGUUACAAAUAGCUCCUCCGAAGAAAGCGAGUACAGUUGGCGGAGGGGGUGUUGGAAGUGGACUGGUUAAGGUAUCUGCAUUGAAAUCCUUCUCGGGAGCAAGCAUACGGGGUAAAGGUGGAAGAAGAGGUCGCCCUCCAAAGCAAGAUCUUGAUGACGUUGAGUCAGAUGAAGAACCUGAAGAAUCUUUUGACCAAACCGUUAUGCAGUCUGCCUCUAAUACAGAUGAAUCCAUGGCUACUAGACGAUCUUCACGUAUUCGUACAUCAGCACCGCACACUUCGAUUGGUGCCAACAGUGGGUCAGAAGAUUCCCAAGAAGCAACCACACCUAUUUCCAAAGAGAAACCGAAAACGACGGGGGCUAAAAUAACUUCCUAUUUUUCACCGAAACAACGGGCGGCUGCUGCUGCAUCAGCAACAGUGGAUUCUGAUAACUCUAAUAUGUCACAAAACAAUGGAACUGAAGACCAGUCGGAGCCCACGGAACAGCCGUUAGAAUCUCUUCCAAAACGUCGUGGACGGCCUCCCCGCAACCCAGCAAUGAAUGAAAAAGAAGUAGAGAGUAGUUCAGCUGCCGAAGAAGAAACAGAGGCGGAAGUUAAAUCGAGAAAGAGAAGUAAAGAAGAAGAGAAAGAUACCACGGUUGUUACACCUGCUCGGAAGUCCGCGCGAUUGGCCAAACCCAAUUGAAGUUGAUUCCUACCAUACUGCUUUCGUGAAAAU